AUGGACAACUACACGGCUGAGACAGAACGCGUCCUCCGGGACGCGGGCUGGAUACCCGGACGCGGGGUCGACAUAGGUGACUUGCGAACCCAAAUGGAGGAGUUCGGCUUUAUCAUGAGCGAGGCGGCCGAGCGCUUUCUCUCCGAGUUCUUCGGCCUUGUGUUCAAGUAUAACGGCCCGGGGAUCACCAGGGCUCGCGAGAUGUUCGAGUUCGACCCGCUGCUUGCCGAGGGCGAAGACGAUAGAUUUACUGAAUGGAGUGAGGAGAUUGGCGAAUGCCUCACCCCUAUCGGAAUGUUGGACCGCCGGUGGAACCUUGGGAUCUCCAACAUCAACAUGAGGUAUCAAAACCUUGAUGCCUUGAAUGGGCGUCAACCUGCUGCCUAUGCUUUUCUGCCCGCGCUUAAAACCCCAUCACCAUACAAUCCACCCGAAGCAACACACAAGAUGAAUAAAUUGUGCGCUCUUCUGUCCACGCACCCUAACAUGUCUCCAAACAAAGAAAAAGACCAUCUUAUUUAA